AUGGAGGCAUUUGACCCAAGCGACGACGACUGGGAAUCUUAUAUGGAAAGAUUCGACAUAUUUGUAACGUGCAAUAAUAUAGUGACAGCGAAACAAGUUCCAACAUUGUUGGCAGUAGUAGGUAAAAAUACAUAUAAAAUACUAAAAGACUUAUGCACGCCUAAAAAGCCGGAUGAACUGACUUACAAACAAAUUAAAGAAAAGUUAGGAUCAUAUUUUGACCCAAAACCACAUUUCAUAUCUGAAAGAAUCAAAUUUAAUAACAGGACUCAACAGAAAGGGGAAAGCAUCCAGCAAUAUGUUAGAGAGCUAAAAAAACUAUCCAAUCACUGCAAUUUUGGAAAUACACUUGUUGAACACCUAAGAGACCGAUUAGUAAGCGGUGUAAAAAGUGAAAAACUUAAACGUCGUUUUAGAUUAUUAAAAGAGGAAGACCUAACUUUUGAUAAUGCGUUAAAAGAAGCAUUACAAGAGGAGUUAGCAGAUAAAGAUACAGAUGGACGAAGCGAAAUAGAAGAACUCAACUAUAUAAAAAAUGAAAGGUACAAGCUACAAAGUAAUUCAAACAAUGUAAACCAGUGGAAUACCAAAAAACAGUUUUACAUUAGGAAAAAUGAAAAUAAUGUGAACAAUAUGAAAAAAGGACUUUGCUCGUGUUGUGGAAGAAACAAUCACACAUUCUCACAAUGCAGGUACAAGGAGUAUUCGUGCAACAUAUGUAAAAAGGUUGGUCAUUUAUCUUAUGUUUGUAGAAAUAAGAAACCAAAGAAAAUAAAUUAUAUGUCUGAGGUGAAAGUAAGCAAUAGCAAAGAAAGUGAUGAUAGUAUGGAUGAAGCUGUACCACUAGCAUUAAAAAACAAAAUUGAACUUGAAUUAGACAGAUUGGAAAAAGAGGGUAUAAUCAAUAAAGUCAAAUAUAGUGAUUGGGGAACACCAAUAGUACCAAUAGUUAAACCAUCAGGUGAUAUAAGAAUAUGUGGAGAUUAUAAAGUAACUGUAAAUCCUUAUAUUAAAGUAGAAAGAGCCCCUGUUCCAAUUAUAGAAGAGUUAAUGGUUGGAAUUAAAACGGGAGGGAAGUUUUCGAUCAUAGAUCUAAGCCAAGCAUACUUACAAUUCAGUUUAGAAGAAAAAUCAAAAGAGUUAACGGCCAUAAGCACGCAUAAAGGUGUUUAUGUGUACAACAGAGUUCCAUUUGGUAUAAAUGCAUCAGUUGGAAUAUUUUUAAAUAGAUUUAGUGAAAAGCUUAAACACAUUAAUAACAUUAAAAUAUAUUUUGAUGAAAUAUUAAUAUUUGGGGAUAAUGAGCAAGAACAUUUGAAAGCCCUAGAGGAAGUAUUAACUUUAUUAAAGAAGAUGAAUUUAACAGUACGGAAGGAAAAAUGCUACAAAGACGGGUGCAAGCAAGAUCCAGCUAAGAUCAAAGCUAUUACUCAAAUUCCAAAUCCAAAAAACAAAAAACAUUUGCAAGCUUUUUUUGGAUUGAUUAACUAUUAUAGGAAGUUUAUACCUAACUUAGCAACCAUUCAAGCACCACUUACCAAUUUAUUGAGAAAAAAUACCAAAUUUAAUUUUAAUAAUAACUGUGUGAAGGCGUUCAAUCAAAUCAAAGAAGAGAUAACAUCAGACAGGGUCCUAAAGCAUUUUGAUCCAAAACUACCAAUUAUAUUAACGUGUGACGCAUCAACUUAUGGACUUGGCGCUAUAUUAUCACAAGUCAAUGAAAAACAACAAGAGCACCCUAUAGCGUUUGCUUCAAGAACUCUGAAUAUUGCUGAGAAAAAUUAUAGCCAAAUAGAUAAAGAAGCCUUAGCAAUUAUAUUUGGUAUCCACAAAUUUAACAAUUUUGUAUAUGGAAAUAAAUUUACAAUAAGAUGUGAUUGUAAACCGUUAAUCAGCAUUUUUGGAUCUAAAAAAGGAAUUCCAACAACGACAGCAUCGAGACUACAAAGGUAUGCUUUAUUCUUAACAAAUUAUGAUUUUGAUAUACGGUUCACCAAAUCCGCAAGCAACAGUGCUGACGUCUUAUCCAGAAUGCCACUCAAAGUAGAAAAAGCAAAUACACCAGAAAUAACAUACUUACACUAUAUAGAUGAAAUGAGAAUCAUGGAUGCUGCUUUAGUGAAGACAGAAACAAAUAAAGACCCGAUAUUAAGUAAGGUAAAAUACUAUAUACAAUAUGGGUGGCCUGAACAAGUGCAAAAAGAAUUAGAACCAUUUAAACUAAGAAAAGAAUUAUUAAACUUGGAGCAAGAAAUCAUUAUAUGGGGUCACAGAGUAGUAAUACCAGAGACACUCAGAGAUAAAAUGCUAAAGGAACUCCAUCAAAAUCAUUUAGGCAUAGUUAAAAUGAAGUCUAUUUCAAGAAUGCACAUAUGGUGGCCUGGCAUCGAUAAAGACAUUGAGAGCACAGCAGGAAAAUGUGGAAAAUGCAUGAAUGUGAGAUCAAUGCCUAAAAAAACAUCUCUACAUACAUGGGAAUGGCCAGAAAGACCUUGGCAAAGGUUACAUGCUGAUUUUUUAGGACCAUUUAAGGGUAGCUUAUUUUUAGUUAUUGAAGAUGCAUACUCAAAAUGGAUAGAAGUAUUUCAAGUACCAUCAACAGCAGCUCAAUAUACCAUCAACAAGUUUAGAGAGCUAUUCGCUAGAUUUGGUAUAGCAGAAUAUUUAGUUACAGACAAUGGACCACCAUUUUUAUCUUUAGAGUUUAAAGAAUUUUUAGCUAAAAAUGGUAUUAAACAAAGAACAUCAUCACCAUACCAUCCACAAAAAAGUCCUGCUACAUUAUUAUUUGGAAGGAAUCUUCGUAACAGGUUUGAUUUAAUUAAACCUAAUAUUCGAAGUACAGUAUGGGAAAAUCAAGAAAAACAAAAGACCAAUAAAACAGUUAGACAUUUUGAUAUUAAUGAAAAAGUUCUAGUAAGGAAAUAUACAGGAGAGAAAUGGACAAAAGGAAAAAUUAUAAAAAUAUUGGGAAAUGUCAUGUAUCUUGUGGAACUACCAAGUGGUGUUACUUGGAAGAGACAUGCCAACCAAAUUCAGAAAUGCUCUGCUCUUUUGUAG